AUGGGGAAGAGAAAGUCGUCGUCGAGGGCAAAGCUUGUAGCUAAGAAGCCAAGGGAGAAGCUUGAUACAGUAUUCUGUUGCCCCUUCUGCAACCACGGGAGCAGCGUCGAAUGCGACAUUGACAUGAAGAACAUGAUUGGAGAGGCUCUCUGCAGCGUUUGCCAAGAGAGCUUCAGCACAACUACCACAGCUUUGACUGAACCCAUAGACGUCUACAGUGAAUGGAUAGACGAAUGUGAGCGGGUCAACACCAUUGUUGCUGAUGAUCUAGCUUAG